AUGAAGGAUUAAAGUUCUGAAUAAAACUCUGAUCAAUUAGAUCAAAUACACAAUUUUAAUGAACUUAAAUCAAGUAUCUAAUAGGGAUAGAGACUAUAUUAAAAGAGAUUGUGAU